GGGUUCGCAGAGCCUGGCAGAGAGAGCCCUGCAAAGGUUGGGCCCCUCGGGGCUGACUCACAGGAAGGCAGUGUAGGGCCGGGGGCGGGCACAGCACUUAAAGAGGGUGGUGGCGGGACCGGAGGAGCCGCCGGCAGCAGCAGCAGCAGCGCUCGGCCGGACCCGCGGAAAAGUAUGUCCCAAUGGAGUCAAGUUCAACAACUGGAAAUAAAAUUUUUGGAGCAGGUGGACCAGUUCUAUGAUGAUAACUUCCCCAUGGAAAUCCGGCACCUGCUAGCACAGUGGAUAGAAAGCCAAGACUGGGAGACUGCAGCCAACAAUGAAGCAAUGGCAAUGAUCCUUUUACAGAAUUUGAUAAUACAAGUGGAUGAACAGCUGGACCGGGUUUCACAGGAGAAGAAUCUGCUCUUGAUACACAAUCUGAAAAGAAUCAGGAAGCUGCUGCAGGGCAAAUAUCAUGGUAAUCCCAUGCAUAUAGCAGUGAUCAUCUCAAACUGCUUAAGAGAAGAAAGAAGAAUAUUGGCUGCAGCUAGCAUGCCUGUACAGGGGCCGCUGGAAAAGUCUCUACAGAACUCUGUGGUUUCAGAACGUCAAAGAAAUGUAGAACACAAAGUGUCAGCCAUCAAGAACAGCGCUCAGAUGACUGACCAAGAUGUGAAAUACUUGGAAGACUUGCAAGAGGAAUUUGACUUCAGGUACAAAACAAUACAAAGCUUAGAGCAGAAUGACAAAAACAGCACCCACAUUAAACAGGAAAUGUUGGUGUUGCAGGCAAUGCUCAAUACUUUAGACUACAAGAGAAAGGUUAGUGACAAUGUUUUGUCAUUUGUGGUUCAUCUGCUUUCUCCCCUUAUUCCCACACCAAAUACUCAAAUGUGUAUGUGUGCCUUUUUAAAGUCUCAUCUCAGAAGAACAGGUAAAUUACACAGGAAAUGUAAUCAGCACUUUAUGAUAAUUGCUGAAAUUUGUGGCAGUUGCUGCCUGUGGUCAGUUUGUGACACCUUUCCUACCUUGCAGGAAGUACUCAGUAAAAUAGGGCGUGUGAUUCAUGAAAUCGAUAUGCUUAUGAGCAACAUGCUGACUGAAGAGCUGCUAGACUGGAAGAGACGGCAGCAGAUUGCCUGCAUUGGGGGUCCUCUCCACGGUGGGCUCGAUCAGCUCCAGAACUGUUUUACGCUGUUGGCAGAGAGUCUCUUUCAAGUUAGAAGGCAACUAGAAAAACUGGAUGAACUGUUGACCAGACUGACUUACGAUGGGGACCCUAUUCCUGUGCAAAGACCUCAGCUGUUGGAAAAAGUCAACUUUCUGCUCUACAAUCUUUUCCGGAAUUCAUUUGUGGUUGAAAGGCAGCCCUGCAUGCCAACACAUCCCCAGAGGCCAAUGGUUCUUAAAACAUUAAUACAGUUCACUGUUAAAUUAAGGUUGCUAAUUAAAUUGCCAGAGCUGAACUACCAGAUCAGAGUGAAAGCAACUAUCGACAAGAAUGUUUCAACUGUAAGCAAUCGUAGAUUUGUUCUGUGUGGAACACAUGUAAAAGCAAUGAACAUGGAUGAAUCUGCAAAUGGAAGCUUGUCUGUAGAAUUUCGACAUUUGCAACCCAAAGAAAUGAAAACAAGUGCUGGAAGCAAAGGAAAUGAGGGCCCUCACAUGGUGACUGAGGAACUGCACUCCAUCAGCUUUGAAACACAGGUCUGCCUGUACGGAUUGACUAUAAAUUUGGAAACCAGCUCUUUGCCUGUGGUGAUGAUUUCCAAUGUCAGCCAACUGCCCAACGCGUGGGCUUCUAUUAUUUGGUACAAUCUGUCAACCAAUGAUCCUCAGAAUUUGUCUUUCUUCAACAACCCCCCUGCUGCCACUUUAAGCCAGCUCCUAGAAGUACUGAGCUGGCAAUUUUCAUCAUACGUCGGUCGUGGACUCAAUUCUGAACAGCUCAACAUGCUGGCAGAGAAACUUAUGGGACAACAAGUCAGUUACAAUGAUUAUCAACUGUCCUGGGCAAAGUUCUGCAAGGAACAUCUGCCUGGAAAGUCUUUUACCUUUUGGGUUUGGCUCGAAGCCAUUUUGGACUUAAUUAAAAAACACAUUCUUCCUCUCUGGAUUGAUGGGUACAUUAUGGGAUUUGUAAGCAAAGAGAAGGAACGAAUUCUGCUCAAAGACAAGACACCAGGAACAUUUUUAUUAAGGUUUAGCGAGAGCAAUCUGGGUGGAAUUACCUUUACUUGGGUGGAUCAACUAGAAAAUGGAGAUGUGACAUUCCAUUCGGUGGAACCCUACAACAAAGGUCGCUUAUCUGCCCUGCCUUUUGCCGACAUACUGCGCGAUUACAAAGUUAUUAUGGCAGACAACGUUCCUGAAAACCCCCUGAAGUAUCUGUAUCCAGAUAUUCCCAAAGAUAAGGCCUUUGGCAAACACUACAGCUGUCAGCCAAAUGAAGUCUCAAAGCCCUCAGAUGGAGGAGUCAAAGGUUAUGUUCCUUCUGUAUUUAUCCCAGUCUCCAAAAUCCUAAAUGAUUCUACAGAACCACAUUCUCCAUCAGAUCUUCUCCCAAUGUCCCCGAGUGUUUAUGCUGUGCUGAGAGAACACCUGAGCCCCACAGCCAUUGAAACUGCCCUGAGUUCUCCUUACUCAACUGACGACUGGAAAGAAAAGCGGGAUGAAGGAAUGGGAAGGGCGACAACGCUGAGCCGCCCGAAGCGGCGUUCUCAGUGCCCUGGAGGGCGAUGCGGGUCGCAGGGCAUGGACCGACACCCGCGGCUGUGCGUGUGCGCGUCCCCGACCCUGGCUGCCCUUCCUUCCCCCGGCACGGCCCGUUUCGGUUUCGCUUUCCCCUUCCCCUCAGCCGGGGCCGCUCCAGCGGCUUUCCCAGAAAUCACGUGGAGCGGCUGUUCCCUCAGGGGCCCUCCUCCUGCCGCCGCCGCGCCUGCGCACUGCGGCCGUGCGGGCGUCCCGAGGCGGCCGGAGCCGGCACGGCGGGCACUGCGGGCCGGGAGCUGGGAAGGGCUCCGGGAGCCGGACCGAGAGCGGGUGCCGUCUCCCAGCGGUGUUCACUCCUGGCAGGGAUACCCAUCAGGGCAUCACCCGCCUCCCGGGCGGCAGCGCUGCUCUUCCGGCACCGGUUGCAUCUGCUCCCAACUCCUGCUCCCUGAACGCCUUUUGGCUCCUUCUGGACAGCUGCACCUGCGCGUCUCCAGACUCCCAACACUGCCUGCUCGGGAGCCCCCAGGAGCGGUCCCUGUGCCCGGGUCGGUGCUCUCUCCCUGUUCCUGCUGUGGCCACGUCGCCGGGCAGCCUCUGCCCAACAGGAUGACUCAGUGGCAUCAGCUACAGCAACUUGAUUCCAAGUUUUUGGAGCAAGUUCACCAGCUAUACGAUGACAGCUUUCCCAUGGAGAUCAGGCAGUACCUGGCACAGUGGCUGGAGAACCAGGAUUGGGAACAUGCAGCCAACAACGUAUCUUUUGCUACGGUGUUGUUCCAUGACCUGUUGUCACAGCUUGAUGACCAAUUCAGUAGAUUCUUGAUAGAAAACAACUUUUUGCUGCAACACAACAUAAGGAAAAGCAAACGCAAUCUGCAGGAUAACUUCCAAGAAGACCCAAUACAUAUGGCAAUGAUCAUCCAGCACUGCCUGAAAGAAGAGAGGAAAAUACUCAACAGUGCCCAGCUGUCAAAUGAGAUGGAAGUGGGGGGCAUACAGAACACUGUGACUGGGAUGCUGGACAAACAGAAGGAGCUUGAUACCAAAGUUAAGGCUGUAAAAGCCAGUGUUUUAGAUGUGGAGCAGGACAUCAAGACAUUAGAGGAUAUGCAAGAUGAAUAUGACUUUAAAUAUAAAACCUGGCAGAACAGAGAACAUGAGUCCAAUGGAGUGUCUCAGGAGGAAUAUAAGAAAGAACAGAUGAAUCUCCAGAAGAUGUUUUUAUUACUUGACCGCAAAAGAAAGGAAGUGGUGAACAAGAUAGUACAGCUGCUGCACAACACAGAGCACACACAGACUGCUCUUAUUGAGGAGGAGCUGGUGGAGUGGAAGCACAGGCAACAGACAGCAUGUAUUGGUGGCCCACCCAACGCCUGUCUUGACCAGCUACAGAACUGGUUUACCACUGUUGCUGAAAGUCUACAACAAGUUCGUCAGCAGCUCAAAAAGCUCGAGGAACUGGAACAGAAGUUUACCUAUGACUCUGAUCCCAUCACAAAAAAUGAGAAAGUUCUGCAGGAGCGAACAGACAGUCUCUUCAAACAGCUCAUCCAAAGCUCCUUUGUGGUAGAGAGGCAGCCUUGCAUGCCAACACAUCCUCAGAGACCACUAGUCCUGAAGACAGGAGUACAGUUUACUGUAAAGCUGAGACUGCUGGUGAAAUUGCCGGAAUUGAACUACAACUUGAAAGUGAAAGUUUUAUUUGAUAAAGAUGUAACUGAGAAGAACUCAGUCAAAGGGUUCAGGAAGUUUAAUAUUUUGGGAACAAACACAAAAGUAAUGAACAUGGAAGAAUCCACUAAUGGAAGUCUAGCAGCAGAAUUCAGGCACUUGCAACUGAAAGAACAGAAAAAUGCAGGAACCAGAACAAAUGAGGGUCCUCUCAUUGUAACAGAAGAGCUUCACUCUCUGAGUUUUGAGACGCAGCUGUGCCAGCCUGGCUUGGUAGUAGAGCUAGAGACCACAUCCCUUCCCAUUGUUGUGAUCUCAAACGUGAGCCAGCUUCCCAGUGGAUGGGCUUCUAUCCUGUGGUUCAACAUGCUGUCUACUGAUCCCAAGAACUUGUCCUUCUUUCUGAGUCCACCCUGUGCAAAGUGGUCUAAACUUUCUGAAGUUCUGAGCUGGCAGUUUUCUUCUGUCACAAAGAGAGGACUUAAUGCAGAUCAGCUGAGCAUGCUGGGAGAGAAGCUACUUGGGCAAACAAGUGGAGGAUCUCACGAUGGCCUUAUUCCUUGGACAAGAUUCUGCAAGGAAAAUAUAAAUGAUAAAAAUUUCCCCUUUUGGCUGUGGAUUGAGGGAAUCCUGGAGCUUAUUAAGAAACAUCUCCUGUGUCUCUGGAAUGAUGGCUGCAUUGUGGGUUUCAUCAGCAAAGAGAGAGAACGUGCUUUAUUGAAGGACCAGAAUCCAGGAACAUUUUUACUAAGAUUCAGUGAAAGUAGCAGAGAGGGAGCAAUCACAUUUACUUGGGUAGAGGGAUCUCAGAACGAGCUCCAGUUCCAUUCGGUAGAACCCUACACCAAGAAGGAGCUCUCUGCUGUGACUUUCCCCGACAUCAUCCGCAACUACAAAGUGAUGGCAGCCGAAAACAUUCCUGAAAAUCCACUGAGAUUUCUGUACCCAGAUAUACCCAAAGACAAUGCCUUUGGCAAAUACUACUCCAGGCCUAAGGAGGCACCAGAGCCAAUGGAUUUGGAUGGUCCCAAGGGAAAUGGCUACAUCAAGACUGAGUUAAUCUCUGUGUCUGAAGUCCACCCUUCCAGGCUCCAGUCUCCAGAAAACCUGCUCCCCAUGUCUCCUGAGGAGUUUGAUGAGGUGUCUCGGAUGGUGGGCCCGGCAGAGAUUGACACUGUGAUGUGUACACAUAUGCAGCUCUGAGCUUUGGUUGAGCUUUUUACUGCGUCGUUAACGUGGCUGAUUCGCUUUCGCGUCCUGCGCUGCAGUCCAUGCCUUGGUCACACGCUUCGCUGCCGUUCUUUGGUUUCUCAACCUGAAGGUCCAGUAGCAAUUUUUAGCUAAUGGAAAUAUCAACAAUAGCAGUCUCAGUAGCCUCCUCAUGUGCACUUCUUUGUUUAGUUAGCAAGAGUGGAGGAAGAGAAGAGGAAAGGAAUGUGAGGUCCUCAGCGAGAAUGAUAGGAGAAACACGCAUUCAUGUUUAAGGGAAUUAAUUAAAUGUAAUGUUUAAAACAGUUUGCUGCACAUAGAAGGCUUCAAAGGAAAGCUGGUUCUUCUGCAGAGGUUCUGCUCAGAAAGCUUGUGCCUUCUGUGUAACUACUUCUGCAGAACUUCCAGAGCUUUGAAUUUUCUUCUGCAUCACAGAAAGGAAAGGGAAACACUCUACAGAUACACGCCACACCAAAUCCAUGUGCUGCUGAAGUUUGCUGUGGUUUUAGCUUUUCUAGGCACGGCAUGUUGAAAGGACAGAAAAUGUUACCUGCAUUUCAUUUUUGCGGUUUCUGUAAGGCAUAACCUUGCGUAGGAUGUUUAGCACAAUCUUUCACAUAAAGAGCAUUUCUUAGGACACCACCUUAAAGCUGCAUUGGCACAUGCUGAGCUUGCAAAUCCAGGUGUACAAUCAGGACUAAAGCUUCUGCAGACUGCAGUCAUGCUGUCUAGCAGAGUAUCAAGACAAAAUGAGAACCUACUCUUAAAAAGGGUGCAGAAGGGCUUGAAGUAUGUUUUUACUCAAUGUGCUUAGUCUACCAAGGUGAGGAUUUGGUCACUUCUCUCUCUUACAAUAAUACAUGCCCCAUUUAGGUUAAUAACAGGUGGAAUGGAACUCAGUUUUCUCAUGCAUUGUGAACCAGGGCAUUUAUUUAACUGUUGAUUUGAAUAGCUAGAAGAUCCUACAGGCUUUGAUAACGAAGUGGUUAGCGAUUAGGGAUGAGGCACAGAAAAGUGAGGGAGUUAAAUUUAUACAGAACAACAGCUGCAGGACAUGCAGUUUGUGGUACUUAAAGGAUGAAAUUGUGUUUCCACCAGAGGAGGAACACAUUUGUUUCUCAGCAUGUUUGAAGAUAAUUAACAACUCACAGUUCAGAGGCAAGGCUGUCUCAGGCAGCUGGUCUCUGCACCAGGGGUAUCUAUUAGUGCAGACUGCUAAUUAGCACACAGAGGAACAGAGGGACUGCAGAGCACUCGUGCUGGAUCCCACCGGUUCAGGUGGAACAGCAACAGGAACAGGGCAGCUGGCUAUAGCAGGGGGUUGGACAAGGUGACCUCCAACUUCAGCCCCAGCCCAGCGGUGACUCAGGUGCUACUGCAGCCUCUCCCCCCACUGCUGUCUAGUCUGUUCCCACCACCUGGGAGAGCAGCAGCAGCCCAUGGGACUCACAGAGGCUACAGAGCUGCUUCUCUAGAUCCAGCAGCUGCUGUUUGGGAGAUAAAGGACUGGCGCAGUUUAGUGUGUUAUGCCCAAGACGACUGAUGUGCCCCCUGCAAAAGCUCGGGAGAAAAAUUAAAGGACCUAUACGUAUUCAAAGGAAAGCAUUGCCAAACUGACUUAUUUUUGGUGCUCUGAGUUACUAAGGUUAACAGUGCUACAGGACAUCACAACUGGUGACUUACUGCUUUUAUCUUAUUGUAACUAGCUGAAUGUGUAUCUUUAUUGUUAAUACAAAAAGCAUUUGUUUCUUGAGCUACACCUUGUACUCAUGUUCCAUAUGCAGCAGUUUGUCUUUAUUACUUUUAUAUUUGUUUUAUCAACCAGAGUGAAAUGUUCUUCUGAGAUUUAAAGCAGUAGCCUUUUUCAUGGCUUAGUUUUUCCAGUAGUUCUUAAAGUAGUGAUUUUUCCACAAUGGAAUAUUCUUUUGCCAUUUUAAAUAGAUGGAACUGUCAGUUGACAUUUUUGUCCUAUCUCUUGUUUGUUGACUACUUUUAUUACAAAGAUGAUGUGUUUUCCAGUAGUUUACUACUCUGUAUCUCAUUUUAAACUUGCUUGUAUAACUAAAGUGUUAAAGCUCUGAAGCCUAAGGAGGUAUCAAUGCUAUUAAUUCUCUAUACUGUAGCAGGUCAGUCUGCUCUGGAGUACUUAAAAGGUGCCUGUUAACUUUUUUUUAUUAUUGAUUGUAUCACUUCACUGAUUUGUUUUCUUCCCCACCCAAAGUUCAAUAAACUGAACUUGAUUU